GACACUAUCGCGAUAGACAGCCUGCACGGAUGCAACUCAGCGGCAGGGGCCUGAUACUGGAAUGUGAAACUUCAAGUUAUUUAGCCAAAACAAACAGUCAACAAGCCUCACUGUACAGUUUAAGAAACUUCGUAGCUCACCUCGAGACCGAGCUAUGGUCCGGGACGUGAGAGAGAUUCACAAUUUGUGGUGAGUUUGAAAAAGUCGUUUGUAAGUACCUGAGUUUAGCAUUGUUAGCUAGCUAAUCCAUCAACACCCAGGCUGUGACAGCUGACCAGGCUAAGGUUAGCAUUAGCAGAGUUAGCUGGCAAGUUCUUGUCUAAUUAAGUUAAUUCGAUUCGCACAAGUGACUUUUCUGGAGAUUUCUGAACUACUCUAGUAACGAGUGACCAACUGAGUGGCUAACUGAUGCCGAAAGCUAGCCUGCUAGCUAGCGAUGGUAUGUCGUCGUUGCUUGGUGCAACAGCUCGGCUAAACAAACAACAACAGACUGACGGGAGCCUUGAUAGCAGCCCCGUGCUAAUGUGAAUGAAUACAAGCGACUCUGGCGUGUUUCCUGUUUAGUUAAAACACGACUGUGACUCAUUUUGAGUAGAUGAUCUGAGGUCCUGUUUUAAAAUCGAGGCUGACAGGUUUUACAGAGACAAUGUCGGUGAGACUUGAUGUAAUCUCUGCUGACACAUUUGGGUGUGUGACUGACUUUUGGCAGGCAAACCGAGCUAAUCAGAUUAUUGGGCGCACUGUCGUUGCAUGUUGUGUUUCAUGUUCAGUUUCGUGUGUGUCCUGUGAUCUACGUCGUUCUCAGGGGAUGAGACCACUCAGGUUGGUGCACCGUUUGCAGUUUGGGGCUCGUUGACUCUCUGUGUUGGCUCAGGAUGGCGCAGGGAGGCUCUCAGCUUGACUACCACAUCCUGCAGGACCUUAAGCAGCGUUUUCCAGAGAUCCCAGAGGGGGUAGUGUCACAGUGCCUUCUACAGGUAAACUCACACACCAAUCAAUCAAUCAAAUUUAUUUAUAUAGGGCCAAUUCACAACAGUCAUUAUCCCAAGACGCUUUCCAAAGAAAAAGAGCAGGUCUAGACCACGCUCAGUGUAAAAACCCAACCUAAGAUGGGAUUUUGCCCAUCUCAUCUAACAUGAGCUACAGUGGCAAGGAAAAACUUCCUUUUAACAGGCAGAAACCUUGGGCAGGACCAGAAUCAUGUUAGACAGCCACCAAGCCAGAGGAGUAGGAGAGAGGGCAGGGGGAGUGAAAGAGAACAAGAUAGAGGGAGAGAGAGAGGGAGAGACAGUGGAGAAGGAGGGAGCGAGAGAGAGACAGGGCACAACAGCUCAUGCAGAGUUGUGGUUGCAGAGCAAGUAAAGAUGAAACAAUAUGGAUUCAGUUUACAGCAGUGUUGUUAUCGUUGACGAAAAUAUUUCAUCAUUGUCCCAUUUUUUCCACGACGAAGACAUGACGUUGACGAGCUAAACAUAAGUCUUUGAAGACUAAAAUGUGACGAGACGAAUGUGCGUUUAUGUUGACGAGACGAGACAAAAACGUUAGUGGUGGACAGAGUUGCAAAAUUCAUGAGCAUUUCGUCAGUCAAACGCUAAACAUAUAGUCAACGUCAUCGUCAACGAAAAUAAAACUGGUUUACAGGAUCAGGAUAUAAGUAACUAUGGACUAUGUUAAAUUAAUUUAAUGUGAUUACAGUCAGCAGGCCUAAUAGUAGUUAACUCUACUUUUAUGUUAUUAAUGUCGGUGAGGCUGAUGUUAAUGUCUGCAGCAACAGUCCAGAGGAACCUAAGAGAAGAAGGAGCUCAGGGCCUGAGGCGGACAAUCAUAAAGGAUGCAGCUGGAGUCAGGCAGGAGGAGAGAAAGAGAACAAGACAGAGGGAAGGAGAGAGAGAAUGAGUAAGGGAGAGGGAGGGAGAGAGUAUACAGAAUCAUACACAUAGAAUCUGAUGUCUGGCAGAGGUAGGUAGGUUUUCUAAUAGUUUGAUAUUUAUCUGAUAUGUGUUUUUUAUUGCAAGAUAUCUUGAUAAGUUUCUAAAAAUUAAGUACAAGCCUCUAUCUCUGCAUCUGCUGCAUGCUACGCAGUAAUGCAGCAAUAUGAGUAAAUAAACUGCCACUGAUCUGUGCCAAAUAACAGACUAUUCUCUGUUGCUGUCUCAGAACAACAACAACCUGGAUCUCUGCUGCCAUCUGCUGGCUCAGGAGAGUAACAGAUACCUGUAUGGAGAGUUCCAUCACAGUCCAGAGGACGGACGACUCAGCAGAAACCACAUGCUGCACAUCAGCCUGGGCUACCCAGGCUCAGAUGCAAACAAGACAAAUGGUGGAGCACCAGGAGUAGGGCGCUCUUUAGUGCACAGUACAAGUGACAGUCACAUUGAACCCCAGAGGCCUAGCUAUCCCGAGCCACUGUCAGCCCCUGCUAACAUGGCCCCAUCUCCAGGAUACAAUCCCUUUUUUAUGAACGAUCAGAGUCGGUCGGCUAGCACGCCUACCCCUCCACCAACAAUGCAAGGCAUGUCCCCCACGUAUUCCCCUGUCUCACGUUAUAUGAGUCCUAUAACAGUCACACUUUCGCAAACUAUUCCCAGUGUUCCACAAGCCCUGCAGAUCCCCCCAGGGCACUAUGCUAAUAACUCCAACCCCACCCUGUACAUUAGACCAUCACCCUCCCAAAGCCCACAGCCGGCACCCUGGUCCUCCUCAGGGGCGUCUGUGUAUCAGCAUCAGCAGUCCCCAUACAGUACUCCUACAUACGGCUCCCCCUAUAGCUCUCCCCAGCAUCAGGUUCAGCCACAGCCCCAACCCCAACCCCAGCACCAGCAAUAUGUCUUCCUCCCUAUUAGCUCUCCACCCAUUCCCAGCAUGCCAUACCAUCACCAGCAACAACCGCAGCAACAGCCAGCAGUUUACAGGCCCUACCACACAAAAAGCUCCCUCAAGAACCAGAUAGAAAUUACCCUUGAGGGUCCGAGACCUCGCAGUAACUCACCUGUGCACAACCCCCACCCCCAAGGAACACUCUACAUGGCCACCAGCCCCUCACCCAGCUCUCCUUCGAGGGGCAUCACUUUGACUGGACCUACAGGCCCAGCGUCCUUCCACCCUGGGAUGUAUCUUCAUCAGGGCCCUGCAAGACCUCGGCCUGCCUCCUCUCCUCAACCUGGCCAGUCAGCCUACACCUUCAAAAUCAAAGUGUCGCCAGGAGGCCAGGCCCAGAGGCCCCCCAGCUCACCUCCUGUGGCUGAGGCCGAGUCUCUGCUCAACAUAGUAGACCACGGAGAGCACAGUGCUGCUCCUGCACCCAUCUUGCCCAUCUCUGCUCUACCUGGGAACAUUGCAAAUCAGUUUCACCAAAUGCCCCGACGCUCCAGCUCAGGCUCUGAUGACUAUGCCUAUACACAAGGUAAGUCAUUCUUUUCAGCUCAGUUUCCCUGCAAAUGUGUGUGACUUUCUGUUGCUUUUAGCCUGAGAGUGGCUGACUUCAUGACAAAAGUCAUAUGAGACAUGAUGGCAUGAGUGUUGGUAUAUAAAAUAUCAUAAGCUGCUGAUAUUUUUGUGUAUUGGCAGAUAACAUAGGAUGAUAAGAAGAACUUUGUUUAUACCCAAGGGGAAAUUCGCUAGAACAAUGUGUAAAAUGUAAUAAAUGUUCCAUUCUGUGCUUCCAGCCGAGUGUAGUUGUCACUUGUCACUCCAGCCUGCACAUAUUUGAUUUCUUAACGCAUGUUAACAAUGUUGCUCAUAAAACUGUAAUCAAGACUAAGAUUGGGGUUACUAGAAGAAACUAAUACUGCCAUUUUCCUGUCUGGGAUGUUUCUUGCAGUAUGAAAAAAUCUGUGAAUUCAUACCAGAUAUGUGCAGUAUGUUUUAUGUACUUUUAAACAGUUAAUAUUUCCAAUAAUACAAUGAAACUACAUUUAUGAUUGGAUCUGUGAGUCUAUUUUCUGCUUUUCAAUCAAAGCUCUUACCUACUUUUACAACAUUGUGUCCCUUCCUCUGACAGCAGCUUUUACACCAGAAGAGGGUGAAGGUGGAGCGACACAUUACUUCAUUAAAUUUCUUAAUGAAUGUGCUCGGCUUCCUUACACAUAUUCAAUAAUUUCUGGUGAUAUUAAAAAAUAAGGUGUGAUUGGUAUCACCAGCCCCUUGGUAGUUAUUUAUAAAUUAUUAACAAAAACUCACUGUUGUAAAAUCCACUUUGCUUUUUUUGGGCAUAUGGCGGGGUGUCUGCGAUGGCAGAAGUGUUGUGUGCGCAUGAUUUCACAGCCAUGUGCCACAUACAUGUACAGACUCUGCAUGCACAUGGUCAGUGCUUAAUGUGCAAAUUAGGAGCUGCAUUAAAGUGAUAUUGGAUGGGUGUUUAUUAUAGAUUGAACCAAAACAACGAGGGAGGGGUGAACGCUUGAUGCGUUCCAGGUUAUAUGAAUGGCGUUGCAUGUCCCACGCCCUGACUGUUGUGCAUACAAAUAUCACAGUUGGGAUAGUCAAACAUUACAUUGCUCAGCCCUAACUCAAACAUGUUUGUGACUCAAUCAUAGCAUAAUAUUUGGCCUCUUGUCAAGUGUAUAUUAUUUUCUUGUGUGGCUAUCAAUAAAAAAAGUUACUACUUUUUGCAAAUUUGUUGAAACUAUGAAAAAGAAGUCCUUGAGACAUCAGUGACUAUCAUUUUUUGUUUUUCAACUGCAAUAUUAUUGGCAUAUUUUGUUCAGUUAUAAUAAAGACUUUAUAGGAGUUUGAAUGAUAAAAGUCAUGUUUCACUUUUUGUAUGUUUACCUUAAGUUGUUGUGUAAUCCUUUGCUUAUUACUGUGAGAACACUGAUAGACUGUUUAAGAAAGAAACUUCCUGCAAGCUGUUCUAAAAUGUUAUGAUUUGUCUGUAAAUCUGCUUUUGUUGUGUUUAUUGCAACAAAAAUCAGUGCUAAAGUUGUGUAGUGUUUGGGCUAGCUCAUAGAUUCUUCUUUUGUUGUUGUUUUUUUUGUUUGCUCCUCCUCAGCGCUUCUGCUCCACCAGCGGGCAAGAAUGGAGCGUCUCCUGAAGGAGCUGCUGCGGGAAAAGCAGAAACUAGAACAGCUGAAGGCUGAUGUCAAUAAUAUGGAAUAUGACGCCCUUCAAAGACGCUUUCGAAGAGUCAACUCCACCAGUUUAAUACCAAGAGUAAGGACUUGUAGUUUGUUUGCUUUAUAUAAUCUGAUAUAAUGCAAUCCAGAAUCUGUAGCAACCACAACUGUUUUCAUGUAUUUCAUUCAGGCUUUGGAUGUAGGUGUAUGUGCCAUUUAAAAGGCCGAAAAAUAUUUAGGUACCAGUUGCUACAAAGAUUGUUUUUGUCAUUUAAAAGGAUGUUAAUUUAUUCUUUACUUGCAAGAAUAAGUUUGACAGAAGGCAGUACUUGGUCACCUAUUUUUAUCCAAUCUAACUGGGUUGUUGCUUUUGCACAUGUACCCAGCCUGAGGAGAUGACCCGAUUGCGGAGUCUGAACAGACAGCUUCAGAUUGAUAUCGACUGUACCCUAAAGGAGACAGAUCUUCUGCAAUCAAGAGGUAAACACACACACACACACACAUACACAAACAUUAAUGCGCAUCCCAACACAUGAUCCUUUGAAGUGCGGUCUGAUGUAUUUCAAAGCAUUGAUGUUGAAAGAGCCAAGCCUAGGAGCAGACAGAGUUGGGUCCAGAGUGAUGGAUGAGGUUUCAUCAUGCAGCACAUAGAUGGGGCACUCUACGGUAACCAGCUGGUUUGCAACACGACCUGCCUGAUCCAGAGUUGACCCGUAUCAUGUCUUAUACAAUGUUUUCUGACACAUGAUCCCUAAAUAACAAUGUCAUUUAUGGCAGCGUUUCUUCAUAAUCCACCUGACUACAGUGUGGCAGCAUGCUAAAACAUGAAAGCAUUGUGUCAAUCACUGUUAGUUGGUACCUAAAGAGUUUUUGAGCUUUGUUGCUAUCUUUCAAGCCUUCACUGUGAAACCUCUUCUUUUUAGGCUUGUUUUUUAAUACUGGCCCUCUGAGAAGCAUCUGCAGAGUUUUCCUAACCAGUGUCCUACUCACUCUCCCCCAUAUAUAUAUUCUGCCCAGUCAGUGAACAACUGAACCUUCUGCAAAAAGAAGCAUUUUCAAUUUUUUUGAUUGAUGCAACAUCAGCACUGUGUAUUUCAUUCAAUAUAAAAUCGCAGAACCAUGCAAGUUUAUGUCUCUUUUUUAACAAUAGGAUGUACUUUCAGCUUGGGCUAACAAUUAAGUUUGGCCGGCAUAUACAAUCACAUAUACAUUGUGCCUCUGUUGUGAUGUCAGCUGGUGAUGUCAGAGAUGUACAAUCACAAAGCUGCUCGUUGGGUUUGGGAAUUGUGCCUCAAGACAAUUCCAUUCAGUAGCAAAAUUAGAUGGCUAACAAGUUAACGUGUUAAUAUGAAUGCUCGUCUGUCAGCAUUUUAAAACAAGGAAAAACUGUGCUUACUCUGAGAAGACACUGAUAUCUCCUGUUGAUAUAUAAAUUAGGGAUCAAAUGUAGAGUUUUGCAUUUAAGCAUGAUUUUACGAGUCCUUUUAGAAAAAACAUGCUGAAGAAAUGAGACACUAUCAACUAGCAAAAUGCUGUGAUUAAGCAGACCAUCUGUGUGUAAAUACGUGUAUGGUUCCUAGCCUGGCUUAUUUGCUGUACUAGCAGCUGUUAAUUUGUGGAAUACAAUCUAAGACGGCUCAGUUGGAUGGCAAAACAGCAUGCUGUAUAAAAGCAUGUCAAAGGAUAACACUUGAGCAUAAAUGUUAGCCUGUUUUAACUGUUUGCCCAUUGAGUCUUUUGGCCAGAGUCUGCUGAGUUGUAUCCUUCUGUCAAAAGAUUCGCAGAGAAUCGUAGGCUGGGAACUGAUUGGAUCUCAGACUGGAAUGGACAAUUGUAAACAAACUCCUGUAUCUGGUUUCUGCUUUCCUCCACAGGGAAGUUUGACCCAAAAGCAAUGAGCAACUUCUAUGACAACAUUCAGCCCGGUCCAGUUGUGCCCCCCAAACCUGGGAAGAAAGGUGAGAAUUGUUAUGCUCAGUUUUAAGGAAAAAAAAAGUGAGUCAUGAAACAUUUCUCUAAGGUUAAGAAGAGGAGGAAAUAAAUGUUCGACAGAGUAUAAUUACGUGUUCAAACAGUUGCCAGGAUACCGUUAAAAGUUUUAGUGCAGGACCUCUUAGGUCAUUGCACACAUUGUGUUUGUCUCAGAAGUUUUUGAACAUUAUUCGUUUAAAAACCAAGACGAAAAGCUUAACGCACUGUGGUCUGAAUUGAUGUAUACAAAUUUGUUGUCAUGGAAACUAGAUGAGAAACCUUGCUAUUACGUGAAUGCUCAUGUCUAUUAUAUUUUACUGUGAAUGCCUGCUGCUUGAAUGCAUUCCUCAUGCGUGUCUACUUACUGAUAGCCGUGGUUAAUUUCUAGAUGUCACUUACAUUGUUGUGUUCAUCACAUGUACAAACCGCUUUUUUUUUCUUUCUACUAGAAGCUGAGCAGGCUCCAAAGCCAGCGCCAGGGCCUCAGAGGGAUGAAGACUUUGAGGGCGCCCAGUGGAACUGUGAAAGCUGCACCUUCCUCAACCACCCUGCACUCAACCGCUGUGAACAGUGCGAAAUGCCGCGCUACACCUGAAUUUAGCGCUGCGCUGUAUUGCCCAACCUCACCUUCUCCCCUCGGAGAGUAUAAGCUCCACCCUUUUAAAAUCUGCAGAAUCUAUCCAGAGGUCUUCCCCCUGUCAGUCAAUAUAUAAGAGCCUACUACCUGCUGAGGAAGAGCCACUAUCCUGCUCUACCAACUUCUGUCGACCCGCUUCUGUCUGCUACUCCUGUGCACUUUGACCCUUCAUCAGCAGAUGAUUCCUCAUUUCGGGACAGCUGGGACUCUUCUUAAAGUAAAUGUAUCGCAGUGACGCUGUGCGACUCUGGCAGUGGUUGGGACAGGACUUCAAAAAAGGUCAAAGCAACCGAUGAAGAAGAUUACGAAGAGGAGCCGCAGUUUACCUAAAGAACAUUCCACGCAGAUUGAGUGACUGCCUUGUUUACACGACUGCGCCCAUUCCUGGACUAAAAAUGGAGGCACUUCCACUUAAGUGCAGGACCUGUGACAUCCUCUCUGACGGCAGAACAAUGAAAUCAAUGUUAUAUAUGUUCUGACUAAUGCGAAUUGUAGACUCUACACUGUAUCUGGCUCUGUACAAGAGCUAAUUUCACUGAAAGAACACUAAAGACACCUGCAUAUCAGUAUAUUCCUGGUACUUUUAUGCAUAUUAAACCACCCUGUAUUAUGUGUUCAGAAGAUGUUAAUUUCCUGUGCAAAUGCCUCAACUUGCUGUACUUAAUAAAGGAGCUGAUUCUAUGUGAGUG